ACCUUAAAUGGCGCAGUAGUACAAUCUGGCGCCUCGGGCACCAUUUAAGGUGGAACGGGACAGUUCAAACGAGAAGCCGGUGAAUGAGAAGCGGCUUCAGCUUCGCGAGUUGUUGCAGACUAAACGUAUCAGGAAACCAGCUGAGUGAUUAUAACUGCAGAAUAAGUCCGUCCAUCUCCAAACGAUCGAUGCAGCAGUGGAGAGAUGAUUCAGGCCUGAUUCACCCCAAACAGAGCCAUAGUCACCGAUGAGGAUUCUGAGGCUGAAGUGGUGCUGAAGUUUAAAGGACUCUGAAUGUCGUUCUGUAGAUCCUGCUGAAAUGUUUACAUUUUUAUUUCAACAGUUCACAAUACUUUGUACAAAAUCGUUUGGGUUGUUUUCAGUUAUUUUUGUUGAUUUUUGUUAGAAAAAACCCAGAAUGAUGGACUUUGCUUUUACUUAGUCUAAAUCUUUGUUGGUUAUCACGCCUUUGGUUUGAUUGCUGGUUACACUUAAACUCACUCUUUGGUGAUCUUCUUUAUAUUUGCAGCUUUUCAGUGGCGCAUUAAAUGCAGUGUCUUGUUCACAUUAUCAGGUGGGCUUGUUUGGUGUGUCAGGUGGGCUUGUUUGCUGUGUCAGAUGGGCUUGUUUGGUGUGUCAGGUGGAGAUUCACAAACAUUCUGACAGUCGCGCUUUGAAAAUAGCUAAAAAGUCGCCACUACUUUUCUGGAAAAGUAGCUAAAUUGUAGCAGCUACAAAUUUUGGGAAAUUAGCCACAAAGUAGCGUUGAAAAUGGACAUAUAUAUUUCAAAAAACAAUACUAUUUCUUAGUUUCAACAUUAAAAUGUUGUCUUUGUACUAUUUUCAAUUAAAUAUAGGGUUCUAAUAUAUAAUAAUAUAAUAUAAUAAUAUAUAAUAAUAUAAUAAUAUAUAAUAAUAAUAGCAUAUCAUUGUAUUCUGUUUUUAGUUACUUUUAAAGCAUAAAGUCCCAAAUGUUUGGGAAUGGGUUUGUAUACAGAACCAUUUGUUUACAAAAGAACCCUUGAAGAACCAUUUUUUAAGGAGUGUAGAACCAGCAGACAUUUUAGUGAAAUUAAAUAUUACAUAAAAGUAAUUUUAUCUGUUUAGAUAGGAACUAAAUUUGUAUUGUAUUAGCAGAUACAGAGGUAAUACUUCUAUUAGGUUGGCUACACGUUGUAAGAUUAAAAUAAAAAAAAAUGAAAUUGGACCAAUCUAACUUUAAAAAAUAGAGUAAAGACAAAAUAUCUUUAAUAUGUGCAUCUGGGUUGUUUUGUCACUAUUGCUAAGUAAUAGAAUGUGAUCCCUGUCUGUCUGUUUGUUUUUCAGGAGCGCUUCUGAUCAGCCAGUUGCAUUCAUGGAAAACUCUGCAGUAGGGAAUUUGGAAGAGGAGACCCCCAUAUCCUACACAGAGAUGCUGAAUGACCAGGACUGGGGGACUCCUAACAAUUACAGACGUAAUGUACACACUGUCUCUUGGCUGUAAACCAGAACUGCAUAGUUUCAAAGAAUGGGGAUGACCGGGGAUCAACCUCAUCAUAUAGAGAGAUGCAUGAACACCGAUACUGGUAUCGGGUAUUUGCCCCAUACCGUGUUCAUUUACUCGUACUCGUAAUCGCAAACGAGGCUCCGAUACCAACAUCCGAUACCUUGUGCCGAGUGCAGGUCAGCUACGUUACUAAUGAGAAGACAACUCAAAAUGUCGAUCUGGAAUUAUUUCACAAUCAGUGAUGGCAACCCAAGCAAAGCAGACUGCAAACUGUGCUCUAUGAAAAUAUCAAGAGGAGGUACUUCUGCAUCUUCCUACAACACAAGUCACCUGAUGAACCAUCUUAAAAUGAAACACGAAACUCAGCACGAGGAGUUCGCAGCUAACAGACCACGCCAUCAACCAACACUGCAGCAAACGCCAGCUAGACGAGAUCCAAUGUCUACACACAACCCUAGACCUGUGAACAUGACAGAAGCUCCUACCCAGUAUACUGUUCUUGAUGAUCAACCAUUCUCGGUCAUCGACAACCAGGGAUUUCGGCGCCUUCUUGGUGUGUUAGAGCCCAAGCCCGAAAUCCCCAGCCGUUAUCAUGUAACGGAAACUGUCUUACCAAAGACGCACGACACGGUGCAAAAGCAUAUCAAGAGCUUGUUGCAGGACAUCACAGCCUUAAGCUUUACUACGGACAUCUGGAGCAGCAGCGUCUGUCCAGUGUCUCUCAUUAGCCUAACUGCACAGUGGAUGGCCGAUGGUUUCAUUCUCCAGCGAGCUGUACUGCACGCAGAACAGUUCCGUGGGUCCCACACAGGCCAAGCCACAGCAAGCACAUCUGAGGAAAUGCUCAAGACUUGGGAAAUUCCUAAAAGUUCUGUCCAUGUCGUGGCGCGCGACAAUGCUAAAAACACGAUAAAGGCGAUGGAUGAUGCUGGACUGCCUAGCUUUCCAUGCACUGCACACACUUCAGCUGGCAGUAAACGAGGGUCUGCUUGCACAGCGGAGCGUCGCUGACGCUGUGGCAGUCGGACGCAAAGUUGUUGGGCAUUUCAAACAUUCUACUUUGUCGUAUUCCCGCUUGGAAGACAUUCAGUUGCAGCUCAACCAGCCAAUUAAACGUCUCCAACAAGACGUGAAAACACGGUGGAACAGCACGUUCUGUACGCUACAGUCCCUCACUGAGCAAAAACGGGCUCUCGGAAUAUUUGGGUCAGAACAUGAGCUCCCCGACAGCCUCGGCCUUAAUCAGUGGAACCUACUAGAGAAGCCAGUGACAAUUUUGACGCCAUUCGAAGAGUUGACUCGACAGGUGAGCUCCUCUGAUGCAUCAGCCUCUGAUGUGAUUCCCGCUAUCACCGUAUUACAGAGACUGCUGUCCAAAGAAGCCGAUGAGGAGCCGGGGAUCAACACAAUGAAGCGCACUUUACUGACAGCUGUACAGAAACGAUUUGCUGACGUGGAGCAAAUCCAACUCUUCUCCACCGCAACGCUUCUCGAUCCAAGAUAUAAGGACCGUUUCUUCUCAAGCUCCAGCACUGCUGAGAAUGCCAAGGAGAAAGUGAUGCAGGAGCUGCAGAAAAUAUCUGGCAGAGACAGGCCAACAGGAGAAUGAGGAACCAUCUGUCAAAAGGCCAAGGAAGGACCAGUGCAGCAGUCUGGACAGUGUGUUUGAUGGAAUCGCUGAUGAGCAUGCUUCAAUGUUCCACGGGCUGCUGCCAUACAAUUGGAAACAUACCUUGGAGAGAAGACCAUUUCUCGUUCAGAGAAACCGCUCCAGUACUGGGCGUUAACAAAGUGCGAUUCCCAACUUUGUCCCAAAUGUCAAGAAGAUACCUGUCAGCCCCAUGCAGUAGUGUGGGAAGUGAGCGAUUCUUUAGCUCAGUGGCACACAUUGUCACUGAAAGCAGAAACAGGCUCACAGCUAAACAUGCAGAGAUGCUUCUUUUCCUGAAGAGGAACCUGCCACUUACGGUUCCAAAAAAGAUUGGCUUUUACAGCCUGGUCUUUAUGGCCUUAUCAGUGUAGCUCUCUGAAACAUGAUGUUAUACAUAGUAUAGAUCGGCACUCUUAAGCUCCAUUUGGCUUCAAAUGUGAUGGUGUAAAAUAUCAUCAUAUAUCUCCUCCAGCCAUUAACUGGUGGGAUGAAACAGUUAGCACUGAAACACUGCAGGCUUUGUCUGGAUUGUCUAGUCUAGUUGUUAAAGCUGUUGUUGUAGCCUUUGUAAUGUAAGGUCUAUAAGCCUUUUUUGGUGAAAUGUGGUUCAUCUUUUACAGACUUUGUUACAGAAAGCAGUAAAAAUACUGAAAAAUGAGUUCUGUGUUGACAUGGGUGAUAAAUGUUUGUGUAGGUAAAUCUAAACUAAGAAGUUCAUGUUAAAUAAAUUCUAGGUAAAUUCACUGUUCAGUGUUGGUUUUGUGUUGAUUUCAAAAAGUGUCAUUGCACUAUUUUACAUUAAUAACUACACUA